AUGGCGGAUCCAGCAGGUGUCGAUAACACGUCUGCUGAUGAUCUGCUCAUGCAGAUGGUCGGCAAAGCCAAGGUUGGGGAAGGCGAUGCGGCAGCUCCGCCAGAGCCAGCCAAGGGUGACGACAACGAAAACAAGGAGAACAAAGAAGGCAGUGAGAACAAGGCCGAGACCGAUGGUAAGGGCCCGACUCCGGCACUACCAGCGCCAAAGGUAGCCACAAUGGUCAUUGAAUCUGAUUCUGACACUGAGAAGGGCAAGGCUCCACCUGCUGCAGCGCCGCCUGCGCCACCGCCAGCAGCGCCACCGGCGGCACCAGCAGCCCCGCCAGCAGCAGCGGCACCAACACAGGAGAAACCAAAGAAAGACAAGAAGGACAAGAAAAAGAAAGCGAAGAGUUCUUCAUCAUCGGAUAGCGACAGCGACUCGGAUGCUCCAAAGAAAAAGAAGAGGAUCAACAACUUCAGCUCGCUACGAAAUAUUGAGAAGGAACGAGCAGAGGUACGGAAAAACCGCAAUGCUGGCGCGGAUGCCGCAAAGGCAAUGCUCAAAGCACUCAGCGACAAUCCGUACUUCGCCCCAUGA